ACAACUAGCACGCACGCUCGAGAGAGAUCGGCACUUGCGGUACGCCGAGGUUCGUGUGUUGCCGGGGUUUGGCGGCCCGGUGUGCCCGCAAUUUAUUCUAUACCCCGUUAGGCCAAGCUGUUGCUCGUAACGAGCCAGCCACAAUCACCCUGGACACCGAGGGUAACCAUUAGACCCGAUCAUGAGCUCUUCUUUAGUUGGAGUUCACGUGAUUGGGGAAGCUGACAUAAAUCAAUCCAACCAAAAAAGCGAUGUCCUGGGUGUGAUUAGGUUGACAGACGUGAACGUGAACCUCAAAAAUGUGAGGGAACUUAUGGCCCAUGAGCUACCGACAUUCCACCGCGACUUUCUGUUCCUGACACAAGAAAGGAUUCCCGUGUUGAAGCAUCAAGAAGAGCACAUAAGUGCCAUCGAUGUUCUGAAUGGUACCAACGCUCUUUUUGUUACGAGGAACUUUGAUCGAUGGCGAAUCGGAAUUAAAAAAGCUGGUGGCUCUGUUAUUGGCUUUAUCUUUGCCGAUCGGAACCUCAGUGUAACGGACCUUCGUUCCGAAAUAAAUGAGCAGCUUCUAGAUGGAGAGUUCGCCUUCUGUGACAGGAAUGGCUGGCCCGUGCUCAGUAAUCAAGAGCAGGCGCUCUUUGCUUGGGAUGUGAUUUGUCAAGGUAUUGUAACGAUUCAGCUGCCACAGAACAAGGUCACCACGCCACUUCACUUACGGGGUAGCAAGGACUGCAGAAAGCGCAAGAAACACAGUACUGGCUUCACAAUACAGGAGUUCUCGAAGAAAGACAUUGUGAUAAGUUAUGCACGCAGCGAAGCCGACGAACAUGCAAGGAAGCUCAAAGCACAGUUGGAGGUUUUGGGAGCGCAAGUAUUUUUGGACCAAGAUGACAUUGUGCCUGGUGAUGACUGGCAGAACAAACUGAAUGAUGCCAUCCAAAACUGUACAAUAUUUGUUCCCUUGGUGACUGCGAGAUAUGGAAACACCACGUACACUAAUAAAGAGGUGAAACUUGCUGACUACAUUGGCAAAUUUGUCAUUCCUGUGAACUUCAUGAAGUCUUGGCCUCCUAACCACCUGGCCAUUCAGUUCGCUUCUAUUCAGUACAUUGACUGGAGGAAAGCACACGAGGUGCAACAAGGUGCACGUGAGAGCGACAAUGAAGAAGAAGAAGGCAUUCGAACAUGGGAGAGCCGCUCUGUAGAACGUGUUGCCAAUGAUAUCUAUAGCAUCCUGAGGCAAUGCAAAGAACAAGUGGUAUUCAGUAAUGCAAUCAAUCCACGGGCCUUCGUUGCACAAGCUGACAGUGCUACGCCAUUACUUUGCCCAGAUCAUCGGCCUUUCAUUGUGAUAAGUGCACAUCCCCAGGACAAAGACUUUUGUGGCCGGCUGCAGUGUCUGCUCGAGCGCAACUGUUACGAGGCCUGGUGUUCAUUGGAUAGCCUAGCAACGCCGUCGGGUCCGUCGGGUGCUGGGGGUGCAUCCAGUCCAAGCAGUGCUGGCACCAUCACACCGAGCACGCCCCUGCCCUCUUCAGUGCCAACAUUUGGAUCCCAGGACAGCCGAGGCACAUCCGAUUCCCAAAACAUGGGACACAGUGCACCGCGCCCGCCCCCGUUGCUUCGAAUUCCAUCCUUCCAGUUUUCUUGUAGCAUGGACACUGUUGACAGUGACAGCAUGUCAAACAAGGAAAGCAAUCGGAAGUAUGAGUUUCGGAAACAGGUGUUGCGGGCAGAAGUGGUUAUUAUUGUGCUCUCGGAAAGCUACCUGGAAUCCAAGGCAUCCCAACAGCAGGCUUGCUACUGUCUUCUGCGAAAGAAAGUGGUAGUUGUGGGCUGCACCGAGAAAGAGGUGCCAGUAUCAAUCCAGAAGCGCUUGCAAUUCGCAACUAUCGUGAACAAACAGGAAUCUGAUGACUGGGAGUGCCAGUUGCUAGAAAGAAUCAGCAGACUCCUGAAGCAACCUGAAAAACCAGUUUUUGAUGCAACUCUGGAAGAAGCGACAUAUUUGGAGAAGAAGCUGCUGACAGAGCUGCCACAGUCGGACUACCGGGUCUACGUCACUGGUGGAACCCAUCUGACUUGCAAACGUUCUGAGAGCAUCUGCUGUGCCAUUGGACAGGAACUUGCCUCACUGAAGUUUGUCAGCCUCUGCACAAGUGGUUUCUUUGGCGUUGAAGAACAAGUGGCUAGGAGCUUCUGCGAAGAGCGAUCCUUGACAGAGAAACCUUUUCAUCGAGUCUUUCAUGUUGUUCCUGAGAGGGACAAGAAGGACUGGAGCAAGAAAGCUUAUCAAAGACCUAAUGGCACGUUCGGUGGCAUCACUCAUGGCCAAGUGAAAGUCGUCGGGGGCUCCAUGGCCGAGAGGGAUGCCGUGAUUGCCCGUGUGUUCGACGUCUGCAUUGUGAUAGAAGGUGGUCUUAACACAGCUAGAAGAGUAGCAGAGUUUGUGUGGAAUGACAAACCAGUGAUCCCAAUUGUUUCCACUGGAAGAGCUGCUGCUGGGAAUUUCAACCCUGGUGUUGGUGUAGACACUAAUGCAUUGAAUGCGAUAUGGGAGAAUCCUCCUCCUGGUGUGGAUUGCAACACAUGGGCUGUCCUAAAGAACAGUUGCUCAACAGCUGAAGACAUUGGAAAAGCUGUGAAAAAAAUCAUUAUCAACCUUCAUCGUCACCUAAAGGCCAAAAAACGGCCAACUGAACUUCCAGAGGUUUUGCGAAAAGUCAGUAGGCCGAGCUAGCACGUGUCUUGGUAGUUGCACCCAACAGAGACCACCUACAAAACUUAAGUAAUUUGCAUCCCAUUUUUUUUUAGCAAUAGUUUCUUUUUAGGUGCCUUCUUGUUACAAACCAAUCAGCGGCACACUGCACUGAAGUGAUCAUGUAACUUUUUAAUGUUUAUGCUGGAGCGUGUCAUGAUAAUGGACUUGAGUUGUUAUUCCCGAGUGAAUGCUUAUCAUCGCAAUUGUGUGUAAUGAACUAGUGUCAUGAA